AUGCGUGGAUCCUUAGGAGCGAGUAGCUCAAAGAGCAAGGGCAGCAGCGGCAGCGGCAGUAACCCGGUUGCAGCGAGGGCGCCUCCGGCAAAGAAGAAGGGCGGGAAGCGGGGGGCCCCCCAGACCUUUGCAAGCAAGCUCUUCAACGUGCUCCAGGCGGCGGAGGGCAAGAAGGGGUCGCCGGUUAGCUGGUGUCUCGAAGGAAACUCGUUCACCGUGCACAACGACAAGGACUUCGAGACGCAGGUCCUGACGGCCAACUACCGGCAUGGCAAGUUCUCGAGUUUCCAGAGGCAGCUCAACAUGUACGGCUUCCGGAAGGUGGCGGACUGCUCCGACCGCACGUACUCCCACCCUUUCUUCCGCCGCGAUCAAUCUGACCUCCUCGCCCAGGUGCGUCGCGUCGUGAACGACACCGUCGGCGCCGCCAACGCCAACGCCACCUUCAGCCCCAGUGGAAACCCGGUCGUCAAGCGGCCUGCGCACGCACUGGCACCCUCUGUCCGCCGCCCGAAGCUGCAGCAGGCCGGGGGCCGGAAAGGCGAGUCAGCGGACAACAGCGAGAGCGGCGGCGGUGGCUCCCGCCGGCAGGCCGCCCGCAAGAAGGCCCGGCGCUGCCGUGACGUCACGCCAUCCUCGUCUUCUGCGGAGUUCUCGUCCGUGUGGAGCCGGCACACGGGGCGCUGGGACGUGCCGGCCGUGAACGGCAGCAGCCUCGGUGAUGACGGCGGCACGUGGACUACGGCUUCCUCUUCCGCGGCCUCGUCGGUGGAAGAGGCGGUGUCCCCGGUCCUGCUGCCCACCACCCCGGCCAGCCUCGACUGCAGCAAGAGCUUCGUCCCGCCGUUCCGGCUCCAACAGGACGUGUCUCCGAGCCUGGCGGACAUGUGCCGCCGCAAUGGCUACGGCGGACACCCCCCCAGCAGCAGCGGCGCGCCCACCAACACCUUCGGGCCGAGCAACCCCGUGCUCGUUAGCCCCGCCCCGGUGAUGUUUGGCGGCGGCGGCGGCGGCGGCAGUGGCGGCGGCCGUGAUGCCGAGGUCGAUGUGCUGGACGGCCGGAGAGGAGACCCCAUGCCUUCGUCCACGGCGGCGACGUUUGCCCGCUCGUCGCCGGCUAUGAUGUACCACUCCGAGGCGCAGGGGCCCGUUGGACAGGACGCGCCGGGAGGGGGGCUCUACAUCAUGGGCGGCGGAACGGGGUGGCGUGGCGGCGGCGGCGGGAGAGGUGACGAGGGCGGGAUUCCUCCGGCCGACGAGGCCGGCCACGGGCCGACGCCCACUAGGUGUCCGUCCUUCGACAAGAUCUUCGGGCGCCAGGAGCCGCGCUCUUCGUCGCACGGCAACCAACCCGGCAUGGCGCAGCUGGACAACCCUCGCACCGCUAAGCCGGGCGCCGCCAUCGACACCGGCAAUGCUGUUGUGCCGGUUUCCCCGACAGCCUCGGCCAACGCCACUGCGGACGGAUGGGACCUGGCGUGCCUAGGCGGCGCGGGCUGGGGCAGCCCGGACACAACGGAAAGCCCCGCGGCGGAGGUAUGGGCGGCGAUCCCUCCCCUCGUAGCGCAGGAGUCCUGCGAGCGGGGGGUGUCGCCAAGACCUUCGCCGUUCGGGGGCGGGGCCGGCCGCAAAGGCGAGCCCUCGGUAGGCGGCGGGGCGGCGGCGACCGACCCGCUCAACUGGUCCGUCCUCAGUGACGACGCGGCCAAGGCCGGUAUGCGGUUGGGCUACGCUGACGAGGGCUCGAUGAUGGCGACCGGCGGCGGCGGCGGCGGGGUCGUGCGCAGGGCGUCUCCGCCCUAUUCGAUCAUGCCCCCCCCCGGGUUGGCUCCGUUGGGCUAA